UUCAGUUGUGUGCUGUCGUUGAUGUGUGUGUCUUCGGAAUAUGCUAGAUACUAUUAAAGAACUUUUUGAGUGUACUUUCUCCAAUGCACGUCGACAUUCCUUAGAUAAUAAUUCAGGAAACAAUAAUGCGUCCAUCACAAAAGAAGGUUUACAGUGGCGUGGUAGGUCAAAUGGGCACAGUCCAGGGAUACUCAAUGGAGGGGGCGACUGUUCAGGGGGUCCAAAUGUUGGGUCAACAAUCGGGGGCUCAGGGGGCGACUCGGAAGGGGGCACAGGCUGCUUUGAGGGUACAGGCUGCACAGGGCCGGACCAGUUGGAGGGACCCGGCCCAACUGAGAAUGACGCUCUUCACCUCAAGAGACGGGUGGGACUCGUCAGUGGGGUGGCUUUAAUUGUUGGCACAAUGAUUGGAUCUGGAAUUUUCGUUUCACCGUCUGGUUUGUUGGAGCGAACUGGAUCAAUUGGGAUGAGCUUUGUAAUUUGGAUGGCCUGCGGAGGUCUAUCAUUACUAGGUGCCCUAUCAUAUGCUGAAUUGGGUACCAUGAACACAUCAUCGGGGGCUGAAUACGCGUAUUUUAUGGACGCUUUUGGUGCUCCGCCCGCGUUCCUUUUCUCUUGGGCGAGCACUCUCGUACUAAAACCCUCACAAAUGGCGAUAAUCUGUCUCAGUUUUGGUAAAUAUGCCGUCGAGGCAUUCGUCACCGAGUGCGAACCUCCCGAGAUUGUUGUAAAGAUGGUUACUUUGUUAACAAUAGUUGUGAUUUUAUACAUCAACUGCUACAGUGUCAACUUGGCUACAAGCGUCCAAAACAUUUUUACCGCAGCGAAAUUGGUCGCUGUUCUUAUUGUGAUUGUCGGGGGAGCAUAUAAAAUGUUCGAAGGUAACGUACAACAUUUAAAAAAUCCCUUCAAGGGUACGGUUUAUUCCAUCGGGAACAUCGCCACAGCGUUUUACACUGGAUUAUGGGCUUACGAUGGAUGGAAUAACCUCAAUUAUGUCACGGAAGAAAUUAAACAUCCCUCCAAGAAUCUGCCACGUAGCAUAGUAAUCGGGAUUCCAUUAGUAACGAUAUGUUAUGCGCUCAUUAAUGUAUCGUACUUAACAGUAAUGUCACCACUGGAAAUGAUGACUUCGGAAGCGGUCGCCGUUACCUUUGGAAAUCGUUUGUUAGGCGCUAUGGCUUGGCUGAUGCCCCUUUCUGUCACCAUAUCAACGUUUGGAGCGGCCAAUGGGACCUUAUUCGCAGCUGGGAGACUUUGUUUCGCUGCCAGCAGAGAAGGACAUCUACUCGACAUCUUAUCGUAUGUUCACAUCAAAAGAUAUACUCCCGCGCCAGGAUUAAUCUUUCAUUCUUUAAUAGCAGGAGCGAUGGUUUUAUAUGGAACGAUAGAUUCGUUGAUUGACUUUUUUAGUUUUACCGCUUGGAUUUUUUAUGGUGGUGCUAUGUUGGCGUUAAUUGUAAUGCGAUUCACAAAACCAAAUCAUCCGAGACCAUACAAAGUUCCAGUCAUCAUUCCUAUCCUGGUGUUACUAGUUUCGAUCUAUUUGGUUGUUGGACCAAUAAUUGAUAAGCCAACCAUUGAAUAUCUUUAUGCGGCCCUUUUUAUUCUCGGUGGAAUGGUUUUUUACCUUCCAUUCGUGCAUUACAAGUUGCGAGUACCAUUUAUGGAUGGAGUAACAGUUUUCUUACAAAUGUUACUUGAAGUUGCCCCAACUGCAUCAAUGUAUGAGUAGACCCUAACGAAACAACUUAAAAUUAAAAUAAAAAAAAAUUAAAUCAAGGUUAAUUAAUUAAUUAAUUAAUUAACCGAAUGAAAGUGUAGGUCCUAAUCACUUAAAAAAAAAACAACGUGUCAUUCCAUCUUUUCGUUUCAUUUAAAAUCUUACUACAAAAAAAAAAUAAGUCUGAAACCCCGACUAUUUUUCUAACGAAAAAUUACCUUUAAAAAGAUACGGAAAUAAAAAUCAAAGUGUACAACCGACAAUAUUUUUGUAUUCAAAUUAAGAAAAAGAAUUUAAAAUACUUUUUUGUCAUUCCUUGUCGUUCACGCAGAGCUAACAAUAGAAAUUAAAUUUGUUUCGCAAAACGUGUACCUGCAGGUAGAAAAAUUAAGUGUUUAAAAAAUGCAUGUUGGUUGUAACAUAUCAAUACAACAGUUGAUUAAAAAGAAACGAAUAUAAAAAGAAAAAAUGUUUUAAAAAUAGGGAAAUUAAAGAAGUUUUAUACUGCGAUUUUAAUUUAAGAAAUGUUGCCAAAGUAGGAAGUGAUGAGAAAAUAUCGUUACCAGAUGCAAUAUUAUUGAAGAUUAUUAAGAGAUCAUAGCAUUGAUGUGUUAAUAGUUUUUUAUUUUAUAUGAAGAUUUUCUAUUUUGACUAUUAUUAUAAGAAGGGAAUCGCUUUGAAAGAGAUUCCUUGUUGAUUUCUUUAUGUGAAGUUUUAAUAAGAAGAUACAAAUAAAUAGAGCAUUGCCUAAA